AUGGCUGAUUAUAAACUCUUUUGGAUUUAUAUCCUAGCUCAGGCUUCCUACUCUCCUCAAUAUGUAAAGGUCCACGGAGCUGAGGCUUUCCUCUACCCCGAUGCCGCUCGGUCCGUAUCAUACAGCGCGGGCAACAUAUCCUCCAACGGCGAUGGAUACUCGAAUAAUGCAGCUUUCGGCUCGGCAUUCACUCCAUCCUCUCCUCUUGGCAGAGCAGCGAUUGCUAACGAUGGGCUCGUUAAGAGCACUUGGCCAAUGUCGGGUGGAACAGCUGCCUCGACCACAAUAGCUAACCAGACCGCGCACAGCGCAUUCGUGGCCGGUUCGGGACUCGUUGGUUCCAUUGUGAGAACGUGGAACUAUAUUCUUAAAAUUAAGCUGACGGAUCUGCAUCCCAUCUUCAAGGAUCUGGACUUAAUGGCGAGCCCUCAAAUCUGUCUGCGCUUCCGUGGGAUGGUGCUCGCAAGUACAACUCUAGCGUCUGGAAACACAUGUCCGGGUGCGAUACAAUGA